CGAGUGCAAACACCAUGGACGCGAAAGUUUUCAAGAGAUUAUACUCUCCCUCUGCUUUUACUUUCACGCAACAUUUCUGAUGCAGAUAAUCCGAUCCAGUGAUUGUCUAGCUAUCAGGUGAGCAGUCUACAAGAGUGAUAAUUUAGUGAUACAGUCAAAAUGAAGAUAUACUUAUCAGUAUGUUGUAUGAUAGUUACUGUAAGAUGUCUACCAGAACCCAUCACACAAAUACCAGGAUAUACACAACUAUCUGAGCAACAGGUUAAGCACCUCCAAAAUAGGGGUUUUGGUUCCACGAUAAAAACUUUUGGACCAACAGAAGCUAAUAGGGAAGAAGAAGAAGAAUUUUACGAAGAUGAUGAAAUCGAUAGUGACGCAGAGUCCAGUCAAGAUCGUGCUCCCACAUAUGCCAAUCAAAACUAUCCAGUACCCAUAAAAGCAACGCUCCAACCUAUAAAAGCGACUUUACAACCAAACAAUAUAAACUAUCCAAUUCCUGUAAGGACUUCAGUUAGUAAAGGUUAUCCUACGCCUGUUCCAGAAAAAAGAUUCCAACAACAGAAGCAGUACCUUCGAAGGGGGGAAGAACUGCAGGCCAUCAAUAAACUAGAGGAAGAAAAAGAAGAGGAAGAAGAGCCAGACAGACUUUCUUUACUAUUGCCCCAAUCUAAAUUUACUUGUAGUGGAAGGAACACUGGAUAUUACGCAGAUGAAGAUCUAGGAUGUGAGGUGUUUCAUUAUUGUCAAGAAAACUCUAAGCAUUCAUGGAUUUGCCCCGAAGGAUUUACUUUCCACCAGGUACAUUUGAUUUGCAUGCCUCCAGGAGGAGACAACAUUUGCGAGAAAUCAUCCGACUACCACUUUGUUAAUGAUUUCUUAUACAAACCAGUAAAUCUUGAGGAAUACCAGCAAAAACCUAAUAUAACAUUAAGGUAUUCGGAUAGAUAUUACCCCGAACAGUAUAGAACAAGGUAUAAUGAAGACGACGAUGCUCCAGUGCAACAUCAACACUCGAUUCGUGUAACUGGACAACCACGCUUCCAAUAUGUUUCACCAACAACUUUGAGACCUCAACAAGUUUACAGAUCUCCAGAAGAAAUUAACAUUUCUCUCCAACAAAGACGGCCGUCACCGCAGCCAUCUACCCAAUAUGAAGAAUAUUAGUAAUUAAGUUUAGAUAACUAUAUUUAAUUUUAUGUAUAAACCCUAGAUCCAUAUUGCAAUAAUGAAUAAUAGAAAUAAUACGGACCAGCAAUAAAUUCGAUUUUUCCCA